CGACAUCGCCUCAAAGUGCCCAAUCCAAGAUGCUCCGCCGGGGAUAGGCCCGCUGAAACAGCCUCGACAAAACGCGACACUCGGCCAGCAAACGUCACAAACGUCGCAUUAAUAAUGACACGGCGCCUCUCCCUUCCCCCUCCGAGAGUGCGCCUCCAUCUUCAAGAUCCCCAUAUGCUCCAAUUGGCGAUCCCGACACUCUGGCCAGAGAGCCGCAGAGCCGCCGCGAGUCAGCCAGUGGCCAACCUCAUGCCUCAACCACUUGCUAAACCCCGCCUUCCUAUGCAUCACAUGUCUAGAAUAUAUCACUCCCGGGAUAUGGCAGAGGUCUGUAUCCUCAAGGCCACCUAAUCCUAGUCACUCUCGGAAAUCGCUCAUAUUGUCGUUUACGCCAUCGUCAC